CUCAUUUGAAAAAGUUUCUUUCAUAGUUUGGUGUGGACUUUCACAGUUAUUAUAUAUUAUCGCAAUCUAUAAUAACUUUUCACCUAUAACUUUUGUAAUGCAAAAAAAAUAAACACGUGUCGUUGCGGAUGUUACUAUUAUGAGCAGAAUUUAAUGAAAACAUGUUAUAAAAUUCGAAAAUUACACAAGAUUUCACUCACUACGCUCUUUGCAGUAUUCGAAAGAUCGUUUAAGCCGCUAUAAACUGUUUAUAGAGACGGUACGGAAAACAAAUGAGAAGUGGAAAGUAUUUGUCUCCGUAAUUAGCGAUUCUGUUAAAUUGCUUUAACACCCGUUAUACAUUACACGUGUUUUACGUUUUCACAUAUACUUGUAAUAAUAAAAACAAAUAAAAUGACUUGAUUUUGAUCGUUCAGUUGUUAUAUGUUAUGAUGGUCCGAUAUGAAAAAUAUAUUUGGAGAUUACAGCUUGGACAGUCGGAGAAAGGGACGUGUGCAAAAUUUCAAAUCGAUCUCUUAAAACUCAGGAACUAGUGCGCGUAUAUACAGAUGGACAAACGGACAGGGCUAAAUCGACUCAGCUCGUCACUCUGAUCGUUUAUAUAUAUAUUUUAUAGGGUCUUCUACGUUUCCUUCUGCUUGUUAUAAACUUCGUGACAAUUUUAAUAUACCGUAUUCAGUGUAUAAUAAUAUAAUUUAUUCUGGUGUGAUUUACAGCUUUAUAAAAAACAUAUGUAAAUAGAAUGGUAAUAAAAUUAAACCGAUUACCGCUGUGUGAUAUCAACACAUGGCAAUUUAGCCGGGCAUAAAUAAUUUUACAAUUUUUCACAAUUAAAUUAACGCAAAUGUCUUUAAUGCGUGUAAUUAAUUCCAAAGCCACAAUUUAUGAUGGGAAAAAGCCACAUAUUAUAAAAUGACAGUAAUUCACGUCAUCUGCAGUGCCGCCCCAAAAAGUGGUUCGCUAUUAUGUUAUCUCAACAACGGAAUUUCUAACAACAAACGAACAGUGGCUUAAAUAAUCGACUAUAACUACACUUACAAAUAAUACCAAAACUUAAAAUGUAACUUAACUGUGUAACCUCAAUCCUAUUGUUUAAGAACUAAACUGAAAUUUUAACCGAGUCGCGGUAUUUAUUAGCUGUGUGUCAAACUAUAGUAAUGUAGUACACGAUAGUGUAUUCGAUAGUUUAACAUCUCUACUAAGAGGAUUUUAAUUACAAGUUUACUUCAUUUUCAAUUCAGAAUUGCAAUUGUAAAUUUGGAAUACCCUAAGAAUUUGAAUUUUGUCACCUGAGUUUGGCGUGUUAGAUGCUAUUUUCUAAAACCUUGAGACCUAGGUUCGAGUUUAGUGAAUUACGCGGAGCAUUCCGGAUUGUGUGGGCCGUUCGGGACUAAAAGCUGGUGUUAAAUAAGAAAAACAAAAAUAUAUUAUCGAUAAAUAGAGACAAUUUUAAGAUGAUUAUCAAAAAUGCGAACAAUGUGCUUGUGCCCGAUUAUUUGAAUGAGGACUUCUUCGUGGCCGCGCUCGAGGAAGGUUUGCGUGAAAUCCAGCUGACGGUUAAUGAAGUAACUUUCGAAUGGGGCAGCAACCCCGGUGAUAAUUACUGCUCACGCAUCUAUCGCGUUUCAGUGGUCUAUGAGCGUCAAGUUGACGAUGAUGAGCCGCCGGUACAAGAGCAACGGUCGUUAAUCGUCAAAACUAUACCGAUUACUGAAGACACACGUUUUCUUGAAGAUGUAGGCGUUUUUCUUAAGGAGAAGUUGACCUACUUGGACGUAUUGCCACGGCUGCAAAUACUUGUAGAUGGUCCGAAAUUCAGUGCCACCUGCCUUUAUGCAGUCAAAGCACCUACUCGCACCAUUGUACUUUCUGACUUGAAACCCGAAGGUUUUGUAGUUGCCUCGCGACAGGAACAGCUCGAUUGGGAACACUGCGAAUUGAUCUUGCAACAAAUAGGGCGUCUGCAUGCCACUUCAAUGAUUUUAGCUCAGCGCGAUCCCGACAUCACCAAGCGCAUUGUAAACGGUAUACUGAGCAAGCAGACAAUAUUAAAAAGUGAUACUUUCAAAAUAAUGUUCGGCUGUACCCUGAAGCACCUGGCUAAUAAUGCAGCCGAGUGGCCCGGUUUCGAAAAGAUCGCACAGAAAUUACACCGUUUUCACGACAAUUUCAAGCCCAUAUUGUCACAGUUAACCGAUCGUCGUGAGGGCGAUCGUAUCGUAGUCAUGAACCACGGUGAUCUCUGGACAACAAAUUUCAUGUACGCCUAUGAUGAUCCCAAGCAACCCGAGAAGCCAACGCGCGCUAUUUUUGUCGAUUUCCAACUUAAUUUCUAUGGCAGCCCUGGUUGCGAUCUUAACUUCUUUCUCAACACUAGCGUACGUCUGAAUUUGCUGAAGGAACGACGCGAUGAUCUCAUAAAUGUAUAUUAUAAAACAUUCAAGGAUACAUUGGAAUUCCUUCAUUACGAGAAUAUACCAACUUUAGAAGAUUUAAAAUACGAAUUGCGCUCUCGUGAACUUUAUGGGUUUUUCGGUUUGUUCGGUUUUCUACCUAUAAUUACUAUGCCGAAAGAGUUAUCCGAAGAUAACAGUAUCGAAAAUUUGGUAAAUGAGGAGUUCGCGCGUCUAAAGUACAAAAAAGUGUAUGCACAAGAACAUUUACAAGCCCAGCUAAAAUAUGGACUCAAGCGCUUGGAGGAUAUGGGUGUGUUGGACGAGUUUUAGUUCCUUUUUUUAUUUAGUACAACUACAUUCUGGUUGCUGUGAAAAUGUAAAUAUGCACAAGUAUAUAUAUGUUAUUAACAUAGGAUAUAGAAAAUGUAUAUCGUAAUUUUUGUCAUGACUCUAAUAAAGAAUUAAGCUAUGCCUACAAAUAAUUUCACUAAAAA